CCGCCGCGCUUUCAGCCAUGCUCUCCGCCCGCGCUCCGCUCGCCGCCCGCCACGACCAGCCCCAGGUGUCACCCAAGAAGAGCCAGUCUCCUAUGAAGAGUCUGUCGCCCAUGAAAGGCUUGGCGCUGAGCAACAAGGAGAACACGCCCCCCACGCUCAGCAGCGCCCGAGUGCUGGCCAGCAAGACGGCCCGCAAGAUCUUCCAGGAGGGCGACGGCAAUCGGGUGCCGCGGGGCGUGGAGGAGGAGGAGCCUCUGCUGCGGGAGAACCCCCGCCGGUUCGUCAUCUUCCCCAUCCAGUACCACGACAUCUGGCAGAUGUACAAGAAGGCCGAGGCCUCCUUCUGGACGGCGGAGGAGGUGGACCUUUCCAAAGACCUCCAGCACUGGGAGUCCCUGAAGCCUGAGGAGAAGUACUUCAUUUCUCAUGUCCUCGCCUUCUUUGCUGCCAGUGAUGGCAUUGUCAACGAGAACUUGGUGGAGCGGUUCAGUCAAGAAGUACAAAUCACAGAAGCUCGUUGUUUCUAUGGCUUCCAGAUUGCCAUGGAAAAUAUACAUUCAGAAAUGUACAGUCUCCUUAUUGACACCUACAUUAAGGAUUCAAAGGAGAGGGAAUUUCUUUUCAAUGCUAUUGAAACGUUGCCAUGUGUUAAAAAGAAGGCAGAUUGGGCCAUGUGCUGGAUUGGGGACAAGAAAGCAACAUAUGGAGAACGUGUAGUUGCCUUUGCAGCUGUGGAAGGGAUCUUCUUUUCUGGCUCUUUUGCAUCAAUUUUUUGGCUGAAGAAAAGAGGAUUAAUGCCUGGACUCACUUUUUCUAAUGAACUCAUCAGUAGAGAUGAGGGUUUGCACUGUGAUUUUGCCUGCCUCAUGUUCAAGCACUUGAUACAUAAACCAUCAGAGGAAAGAGUAAAGGAAAUCAUCAUGAAUGCUGUUCUCAUAGAACAGGAAUUCUUGACGGAGGCACUGCCUGUAAAGCUGAUUGGCAUGAACUGCACUUUAAUGAAACAGUACAUCGAGUUUGUGGCAGACCGGCUUAUGUUGGAGCUGGGAUUUAACAAGAUAUACAAAGCAGAGAAUCCUUUUGACUUCAUGGAAAACAUCUCUCUGGAAGGCAAGACGAAUUUCUUUGAGAAGCGAGUAGGUGAAUAUCAGAGGAUGGGAGUCAUGUCGAAGCCCACAGACAACUCUUUCACCCUGGAUGCGGAAUUUUAAGUGACCUGGAACCAUGUGCAUUAAUGUGCAUCCUGCCCUGCUUACAGGGAACACUCAGUGUGCUGAGUCAGAGUGUGACUUGAAUCCUGUACUGAAAUCCCACUCUUGUAAAGUGUGGUGAUACUGGUAUACUUUAGAAGGCUGCUGUAGCUCCAGCAGUAAAACCCCUUUUAAUUAGAUUUUACCAAUGGUGUUAAUGCAUAGGAUGCUCAGGUGUAUCUUACAGCACAUGCUGCAAGGUGGGAGGUUGUGGGCACUGACCCCUGGCUUCUGCUGUUCUCACCAUAAACAGGAACAGUUAGAAAAUUCCAGUUGUAAAUUUGUUGAAUAGUCCGUAGAAAACUCUGGAGGCAACUACAUUAUGACCUCACUGCUUUUUUAGCAGGUUUUAAGUUUACCAUUUUUACUAUUUUAAUAGUUUGUACAUAAACCUGGCACUUUAAUGUUUAAAAUAAACAACUGUCUUGUAAUAUUCAACAACAGUAAAAUGCAUGUCAAAAUUUUUUGCAGUCUAACCUUUUAUGACUUGUGCUUCUUUUUGGAUAUGUAAUUUAAAAUGGUGCUAUGAAUUAAACUAUUCAUCUUAAAAUAUAUCAAGGAACAGGAAGAAACUUGGUAUGAAAGAUGAAGAACUAAAUUGGAUAUUCUGGGUACUGAAAAACAAGAUGCAGCUGACUUGUGGACUUGAUUGCUUUUUCUUUAAUACCUGGGAACAGUAUUUCAUGUAAUAAAGAGCUGGUUGGACUCAG